AUGUCCUCCGUGCAGUCGUUCCGCCAAAUGAUUGGGGUCCCUCCCUCGACCGCCUCUACCAAAGAUUCCACCCUCAUCAUCAUCGACGCCCAGAACGAAUACGCCACCGGCCAUCUCAAGACCGCGAACGUCUCCCAGACCCGCAAGGCGAUCGCAACCCUCCUAGAGAAGUACCGUGCCGGCGGCGACGGCAAGAACAUCGUCCAUAUUGUUCAUGAGGUGCCGCAGGGCGCCCCCGUCUUCACCCCCGACACCGACCUCGCCAAGGAAUUCGACGAGUUGACCCCGCGCGGUGGCGAGAAGGUCAUCGCCAAGCAUUUCCCGAGUGCCUUUGCGCAGACCGAUCUCGAUGAAUACCUGAAGGGUCUGGGGGAUGUGGGAAAGAAGGUUGUCCUGGUGGGAUAUAUGGCGCAUGUGUGUGUGUCGACCACGGCUCGUGCGGCCAGUGAGCGCGGUUAUGAUGUGGUCAUCGCUAGUGAUGCCGUGGGUGACCGAGAUAUUCCCGGGGCCAACGCUGAGACUCUUGUUUCGGUGGUUCUAAGUGAACUGGCUGAUGCGUUUGCUACUGUCAUUCCUUCGACGGAGAUCACUGCAUAG